AUGUCUGGCUUUGAUACCAUAUGGCCAGCUGAUUCUGUCGAAUUCUGUCCACAUCCUGAUUUUCAUGAUGUGUUCGUGUGCGGGACUUACAAGCUGGAAGAGACUGGGACGAACGCGCCUGAGGAACGGGACAACAUAGAGCAGUCGACGUCCCCUGUGUCAAAGAAGCAGAAAAGGCGCGGUGAAUGCCUUCUUUUUGAAGUAAAUCCGAACGUGGAAGAACAAUGUUCAUUGCUACAGAAGACAGCCCUGCCCGCAAUUCUGGACAUAAAAUGGUGCCACCGAGCAGCAUCUGCCUCUCCACGCUUGGCAGUGGCAGACUCUGAGGGUCGUAUCACGCUGCAUUCCUUGCAACAAGACGAGGAGCCAUGCAUGGAGCAAGUGCAAACCAUCGCUUGUGCUUCUGAGGAUAUCCUUUGUCUAUCGAUCGACUGGUCGAAUCGGCGUGCACCGAGUACCUCUCUCGGAUCAUUGGUUGUCUCGCUAUCCGAUGGCUCUUUAGCCUUGUUGCAUCCUGAUGACGCUGGCAUGACUGUGACCGAUUCUUGGCAUGCACACGACUAUGAGCCUUGGAUCGCCGCGUGGGACUACUGGGAUACCAAUAUCGUCUAUUCAGGCGGCGAUGACCUCAAGAUGAAGGGCUGGGACAUCAGAGAGGGCUUUACUCAACCCAUUUUCACCAAUAAACGCUUCGAUGCCGGCGUGACUACCAUACACAGUCACCCAUUUGUCGAGCACCUUCUCGCUGUCGGCACCUACGACAACACCGUGCGUCUGUUCGACACGCGCAAACCGCUCGUUCCCUUCACACAGGCCGACGUCGGCGGAGGGGCCUGGCGCGUGAAGUGGCAUCCAUCCCCCUCGCGCAAAAAUGACCUCCUUGUGGCAUGCAUGCACGACGGUUUCAAGGUCAUCCGCUUUGAUCUCAGCGACUCUGGCGAUGCAGAACUUGGACAAUCGUUCAAGUCCUCGGCGGACCCAUGGCAGGUCGUAACGCGCUACGACGCGCACAAGUCGCUUGCAUACGGCGUUGACUGGUCGUUUAGAGGCGAAAACGAAGGGAUUGGAAACACGUUGAUUGCCAGCUGCUCCUUUUACGAUCACACACUACGUCUAUGGAGGGGAUAA